AUGAACUCGAUUUGAAGAGUAACCAGCAGAGUAUGAAGAUUGAAGAGAGUGUAUUGCUGAGGAGCUUUUAGCCAAGGAGGUUCAAAGGUGGAGGUGCAAGGUGCUAGUCAAAUCAGACACAGUCGCCAGCCAAUCAGAGCUUGCAGAUUCCUCCAUCUGGGCAGGGGUCGCGGCAAACCGAAGUGUUGGCGGCCGGUCACCUAAACUUUUUUGGGCUCCCAGGAGGACGGGAACAGGCAGCGCAUUGAUUUCUUCAGACCUCAGUGACUGCAUGCCCGCCUGUGAAUUGCUUCAUUGCACGGAAUCGCCCUCCCUGCUAGACGAAGGAGCUGUUGCCCCGCAGACAGCGAUGACUUCGUCCGACGAUGACGAUGGCCGCAAUGGCCAGAGGAGGAGGCUGCUCUCCACCUCACCCGCCCCGCCCGUCAUGUCACCGCUCACUCCUGCGAACGGUUACGACUCAGCAUCGAACCACGACAACUUGAACCCCAACCACGGGGAUGCCGCGCCCUCAGACCUCCCAAUGCAACACUCUACGCCAGAUCCCGAUGCCCAACUCCCCCAACUCCCCCCUGCUUCCCGCUCCGGCGACACUGCUCUCACCCAGCAGACUGCCGCCGCCAACUCCAAUAGCCAAGCCAAGCCGGAUUCCGAAUUCUUCACUGCGCCCGACCCGAGCACCCCGUUUUCGAACAACCAUAUCGACCUAUUCCAGCAGCAUGCCAUGCCGCACAACAUGAGCCUCAUGAUGGCCCUGGCGCAACUCUCGGCAAGCCGCAUUUCCACAAUCUCGACCCCCGGCCCUCCCCCUACUAUUGCUCCCGCUCAAGUGUCCCUUCCAACUCCCCUCAACGAAGUUGGAGACCCUCUCGCGCAUGGAAAUGGCCAUCAUAACGGCGGUGCCUCGACGGCGGGCGCGCCGCUGGAGAGCUUCGCGCGAAUAGAGUUCGCAGACAGCGUUUUCCAGAUGACCACGUACGCCGUUAUCAUAGGCCGAGACCAGCGGGCUCUGGAGCAAGCGCGCCGAGAUGGACGCCGUACCGAGGAAUACCAGCGGAGAGUAGAUCAGAAUGCUGCCGCCGGUCUCCCGCCGCCCUCUCCGCCCUCCCAGGAACGUGGGAAAUUUAGCAAAUCGUACGUCAGUGAGGAGGGUGGGAUGCUGGGCCCGGAAUCGGAUGGAGAAGACAACCCCCGCCCAGCCAAAAGGAGGAAAACGAGCACUGGCGAUUCUGCCUCUUGGCCCCCGCAGCAGCAAGAGGCUGUCGCGGAGGAAGAAGGGGCAGGUGAGAGUGACACGAACCUCAUCAUAAACAGACAAUACAUCUGUCACACACCGGGUGCAGCAGCCGUGGAUCUAACCUCGCUGCGACCGUCGCCAUACCACGUACCUUUCAUCGGCAUCCACUCCCCCGGUCCCAAUAUCGCAAGCAAGACCAAGGCCAUUUCAAGAGAACACUUGAAGAUAGAAUUUAACCAAGAGAAGGGCGUGUUCGAGGCAAUACCCCUACACAAGAACGGCUUCUUCUGCGAAGAUAUCCACUACAAGGAGACCAAGGUUGUUCUAAGAAGCGGGGAUCGGCUGCAAAUCAAGGAUGUCGACUUUGUCUUCAUCAUCAAUGGGGUUCAGCCCGGUAAGACCGGAGCUGAAGAGUAUUUUGACGAAGAUGAGGUCGCGAACAGGAAGUACUCUGAAGGAGGAAAGGAAAUGAGCUUCGAGUUUGAGAGCUCGCAUGGUGCAGAGGUACAGACUUCGAGCGACGAGGAAGAGGAAGAGCUGGAACCUCCCAACCAGGAGAGUGACAGCGAGCUUUCCGACAUAGGGGACGAGGAGAACGAGAACGAGGUCAUGGAAACCAUCGAGGAUGACGCGGCGGGCCGGGAACAUAAGAUCAAGCCGGAGCCCCAGCCGGAGCUAGAGCUACCACCGCCGCUACCCAAGAAGCGGGGACCCGGCAGGCCGCCAAAGAACGGUAUUAUGUCCAAGAGAGAGGAGAGGCUACGGAAGAAGAUGGCCAUGGAGCUGGCCAAGAAGACGUUACCACAGCCGUCCCUUGGCGAACCUCCUAUCAAAAGGAAGGUGGGCCGCCCACGGAAACACCCUCGCCCCGAAGAUGGCACAGACAAGCCCGAUAAGCGGAAGUAUAAGCCGCGGAAGCCCAAGGGCGGCAAAGAUGGCGCCGAAGGGUCUGAUGCGGAAAAGGCUCCGAAGGAGAAGAGGAGAGAGAAGCCCAAGACCCCGCCCCUCGAGCUGAAGAAGGAGGACUUCACCGAGGAGCAACUACAAAAGCCGAACAAGAACUACGGCGUCCUGAUCGACGAAGUUCUUACCGAGGCGGCUGGCGACGGGCUCACGCUGAAGCAGAUCUACAAGAGAAUCCAGAAGAAGUAUCCCUACUACUUUUUCGUUGUCGACACCAAGGGAUGGGAAAGCAGUGUUCGCCAUAAUCUUAUCGGAAACGACGCUUUCAAGAAGAACGAAGAGACUCACCUGUGGAGUCGCGUUCCUGGAAUUGAGCUCGAUGCUGGUAAAAAGCGGAAGGCAACUUCCCCGGACCAACCUCCGGCACUCCAUGGCUUUGGACAACAUUAUUCGUCGCAGAUGCCACACCAAGCCAUGUACCACGCCGAGCAUCUGGCAGCACAGGGUUACCAGCCCGCCGCCGCAAUGGCACCUCCCGGUUACCAGCGGAGUCCUCCAGCCCAACAAGCAGGGAGCAACCCCCCGCAGCAGCAGGCGAGCUACAGCGGGCAACAUGUCGGUGUGCCCAGCCAACAACCUACCCGUCCGGCCUACCAAGUUCCUCCGCAAGCGCCGGCGCCCGCGCCGGCUCAAGUAUCCGGCUAUGUCCCCGCGGCACCACCCUCGCUACCACGACAGCUCGGCGCUCAAUCGUCUUCGUACAGUUCUCCCUAUGCAGCCAAACCCCCCCCGCCGCCAGUAGUUCCCCCCAACGGUGCUCCAGGCGUGGCUCAAAAACUUGCUUUGCCCGCUCCCGCAGCCAACUCCUUCGGCGGACUGCCUCGGCAGACUCCGCCUGCCUCCGUGCCGGGGCCUUCGGUCUCGACGCCUCAAGCCCAGCAGCAGCAAUCCGCAACCAACGUGGCAACGGCCCCUCUUGAGCCGGCCGUGAAACCCGACGUGGUCAGUUUCAUCAACAACUUCAAGAAGAACGUCAUGGAGCAUCUGUCAAAGCGCACCGACCAGGCCGAGGCGGUCACGUUGUCCGUUAUCAACCGCGGCCUGGGACUCACGAACCAGAGCACGGUUCCGGAUCAGGAGGGAAUAGAGAAGGUGGUGCUCGGCGUCUUCGAGCAGACGAGGGACAAGGCGUACCCGAGCCAUGUGCUCCCGCCGGGCCUCGUCCAGGUCCUCACCGGCUUCAAGACCAAAUGGGUCGACACGCUGGGCACCAGGCUUGGCAAACCAAAGGCCGAGGCGCUGUUGCUCUCGGCGAUCGACCGCUUCUUGGGCUUCUCGGAGGGGACCUCGUUACGGGGCACCGACACUGAGAAGAAGGAGUACGAGAAUGCUGAGAACAUGCUGAUCCCGCAGCUCAGCAAGGACGUGACGAAUUAUCAGAGGGCGGUGGCGGCCGGUCGGCCAUGAUAGAAUGGAGUUAAGUCCAUUGCAUGUUUUACCAGGUAUGGGAUGGGCGUGUUGGGAGACGCCUGGUUCGGCGCAUUGUAUGGUUAAGAGUGAACGAGCGUAACGACUUCAUCUGAUGGAGGUUGACCUAGCUAUGUCAAGACGAGUAUUAGCUACGAAUAUAUCCCAACCCCUAUCAUGUCUGUUCGAGUCUCCUUUAUGUCCCGCCCUUGCUGUAGAGGACCUAGCAUUCCCUUAUUAACAGCUGCUGGAAACUCGAAUACCACCCAGCGAAGAGAGUCGCUUGAGACGUG